UCCCUACCCUGCAAUCCAUUCCUGCAAGUCGCAAUCAGCCAGCUGCAUUUUGCAAGAAAUCAUAGAACCGGCUUACGAGGAGCUGAAGUCCUUGCAAGAAGUUCUUAAAAGAUUGGAUGGGAGCAGCAAGAGUGGCAGCAGGAAGAAGGUGAAUGCUAUGGAUGCGCGAAUCAAAGACGUUGUUUCUCAAUUUGAAGUUAAACUUGAAUCUCAUAUCUCAAAUCAGUUUCUUUCACAAUCUAAUGAAAGCAUUAAUGAAGAUGAGAGCCAUCCAUUGCUCGUCUCCAUUGACCUGCAGGAUUUAAUGCAAGAUUUUUGUUCUUUUAUCGAAAUGACAAAGCGAAUGGAGGAGGAGUAUGUAAAUGAGUUAAUCAACAUGACUGAAGAAGAGGCAGAUGAUGAUGAAGUUGUUUCCUCCAGAAUUGAUUUUAGUGGAAAUAUGACACAUUCAAAAAUGGUUGGAUUCUCUGAUCUGUUUGACCUAAUCAAAGAUGGGAUCACGGGGGAUGAGAGGUUCCGUGCUUUAUCAAUUGUAGGAAUGGCAGGCAUUGGUAAGACUACCCUGGUUAAUGAGAUUUUUCAAGACAAAUUGGUUGCGAGUCAAUAUGACUGUCGUGCAUGGGUGAAAGUUGGUAGAAAAUAUCUAUUACAUGAAAUUGCUCGCGAUAUUCUAGCCCAAGUGGGACAUCCAGUCACGGACAAAGAGAUUGCAGAGAAGGGAGUAGCUUUCUACUUGAAAGAUAUUUUGAAGAAGAAGAGAUGUCUUAUUAUACUGGAUGAUGUAUGGGACAGAAGUGUCUGGGAUUACUUGAGAAGUUCUUUUCCUAAAGAUCCGAACUCUCAAACCUUGCUGACAACAAGACUACAAGAAGUAGCUCUUGGUGCUCUGAAUUCAUAUAUUGAUGGCAUCAAAGAAAUGCGCUUUUUGGACAAGGAAGAAAGUUGGGAUCUUCUUCGUGACAAGGUGUUUGGUGAGGAUUCAUGCCCACUUAAACUUGAGAUUGUUGGAAAGAAGAUUGCUGAAAACUGUGAAGGCCUUCCUCUUUUGAUCGUUAGGGUUGCUGGCCUCCUGUCUAAAGCCGAGAAGACACCAGAGUACUGGAAUGAGGUGGCAGAGAAACAGAACUCGGUUUUUGUGGAUGCAUAUGACCAAAUUAUGGAGGUACUAUAUCCAAGCUAUGAGUAUUUACCUCAACAUCUAAAAGCAUGCUUUCUAUAUAUGGGCGUUUUUCCUCAAAAUUAUGAGAUUCCUCGAUCCAAGCUCAUCAAUAUGUGGAUUGCCGAGGGUACCUUUCUUGAGCCAAGUAUGCUUGAAAAAUCAGAAUAUCAUGCUAUUAACUAUUUGAAUGAGCUUAGUUCUAAUAGUCUUGCCAGCUCCCACCGAGCGACCUGUUGGUGGCUUGUAGGGCAAGAACUAAUGAAAUCGCUGAGAAUUCAUUCUGCCUUGGGGUAUAUGGCUACCAAAAUUGCUAAGAUGACCAAUUUUUUUCAUGUCCUAAGAAGUUGUUCUGAUGGUUUAGAAGAAGAUAUAAAAUUACAACAUCGACUAUGCAUCCACAAUAACAUUUUAUUGGGCAUCAAAGAAUUUUACAAGUCUGUGGAAAAUGAUUGUGCAUCCAAUGUCCGUUCUCUCCUUUGUUUUGGUCCCUAUUAUCAGUAUCCAGUGCCAGUAUCUGCCAAUUUGAGGCUGCUUAGAGUUCUUGAUGCUCUUAACAUCCGCUUCUAUGAGUUCCCACUUAAGGUACUUAAACUAGUUCAAUUAAGAUACCUUGCUCUCACAUACAACGGAAACCUCCCUACUUCGAUAUCCAAACUUCGGAGCCUUCAAUUUUUAAUAAUCCAUAGACAUGUGAGCAUUCAAUCUUGUGGAGAUCUCUCAUACACGUAUGUGCCAUUGGAGAUAUGGGAUAUGCAAGAACUAAAGCAUAUUGAAGUCAUGGGAAGCAACCUACCAGAUUCUAACUGUAGUCUUUCCUUAAAAAAGCUCUCCAGACUUUUAGGUGUGAGUGCUUAUAGUUGUACUAAGGGGGUGCUUGAGAGAAUCUCCAAUCUGAAAAAAUUAGGAAUUCAAAUUGAACUGGUACCUGAUGAAGAUAGUAGUAAGCUCUAUGGUCCCUUGAAUUGCAUUGGUACUCUAAAUGAACUAGACUCUCUUAAAUGUGUUGUCUUGAAUCCUGAGAUGAGUUGCUGUGUUAUUCCUCCGCCUGGCCCUUUUUCAAUGUUCCCACCAAAUCUGCGAAAGUUGACUCUGAGUGGCCUAGGCUAUCCUUGGGAAUACAUGAGUAUAAUUGCUAAGCUGGAAAAACUUUCCGUGCUCAAAUUGCAAUGCUAUGCCUUUCAAGGCCCACAUUGGGAAAUAAAAGAGGAUGAACCCUUUUGCUUUGGGUUCCUUCAAAUUGAAGACACUGAUUUGGCUGAAUGGAAAGUGGCACCUGGUGGCAUGCCAUGGAUCAGGAAGUUGAGCAUAAAACACUGCUACAACUUAGAAGAACUCAAUUGGGAACCUGAUAACUACAUGAUUAGCAAGAUAGAAGUGGUUGACUGCAACCCUUCGCUCGUCGCCCGUGUAAACCAAAUUGAAGCAGCUCAGUUGGCAAGGCAAUAUCCUAACCUUGGCGUUUCUCUCCAUUCUUCAUGGGAUGAUGGGAAACUCAAGUCGACAACAACCCCGGUCGAGAGGGUAAGGACAUUUUGGGAUAUGGUUCCUUUGAAUUCGGGGAAUAUGAUUUAAAACCACACAGAUACAAAUUGAAGAGUCUGGUCUGAUUGGUCAUGAAUACUUGGGCUCUUUCGCUUUUGGUACAGUUAUCCCCGUGGUCUUAAUGUGUAGUAAGAGCCGUUGUAUUUGUGCCGCGUCGCCGCUUGCAGGGACGGAGCCACCUUAUAAGAAGGUGGGGCAAAUGCCCCUCCUCAAAUAUGUUUACAUGUACUAAUUUAUGGUCCAAUUUUGUAAAAUUAUUAAAAUUUUCUUGUAUUUGCCCCUUCUCAAAUUCUAAAAUUUUCAUCACAUAUAACUUUGCCCCCUUUCAUUUAUAAUCCUGGCUCCGUCCCUGGCCGCUUGGGCAUGUUAUGCAAGAGUGCAUAACUUUAGUAGAUCAUAGAUACGAUCUCUCUCCGUUGUAAAGGUACAUCAUAGUUCGAUAUAGGUAUAUUUUCGUUUGUUCUAUCACUCGGGAAAGUGAUAUUGCAGUUAUCAACUUGCAACUGAGUUCUAGCACAUUCAAUCUAGACUACUUCUAGGCACUCUAUAUUUUCAAGCAUAGCUCAAAGUCUCAUACUUCAACGUAUAUUCGAUCUAUACUUAAACGAUAUUCAUAUACCACGUAAUUAAACAUGUUUAUCCAUAUAAACCAUUUGGCGUUCAAUAGCAUAACACCCAUUGUAUAUUAACACAUGUAAAUAGUAACACUCGGUUAAUCCAUCAUCCAUGGAAUCACAUCUCAUAAAUCAUGCAGUUCAUGUCCAUUUGUAUCACAAUCACAAAAUUAAAACUACACACGCAUCAUACUCCGCGUUCCACAGUUUCAGAAUCAUAAAAUUUCAAUAACAUAAGUAUUUUCUCCUUUCAAGUAAUCAUCAUGUAUGUUCUUCAAGUUAAAUUCACAGUUUGAACAUGUAAUAACAAAUCACAAUAUCAAGCAACAUGUGUUCACAAUCAUGCCUCAUGGUUAAACAACAACAAUUACAUACUCCCAUAGUGUCUCACGUUCAAUAUCUUCACAACAUUUUCCAAAAGCCAAUGUAUUUACUCACUCAUAUUUCCCAAAAUCAAAACCGCCAUUUUCACAAAGAGACCAUUUUCCCAUCGGAAUUCCAAGAACCUCAGUUCUUGAUUUAGUAAAAGCAAUCAACUCAUGUUUCGAACAAUAUUUCCAAAAACCAUUGUAUUUACUUCAACUUCCCAAUAAGCAAAAUUUCCAUUUUCACAAGGAUAACAUUUUCUAUAGCAUAUUCCAAAAUUCAGUAAUUCAAUCCAGAAGUCACCAAGAUAUUUUUACCUCUUUCUUGGUGGUUGGGCGUGACGAAUUGUUGUGUUGAGCCUUCGAUAUUUAACACUUUAGUGAAUUGAUAUAAGGAUAGAUUUUGACUCAAUAAGACUCUUAGGUUCAGAGCGAAAAGAACUGAAGCUCUGAUACCAAACUGUCACGACCGCUCUUUCUAGGGUUAAUAAAUGCGGGUGGUCGCGACUAAUAGGUCUUUAAGAAAGGGGAAUUAUUCUAGGGUUUCAAUAAAGAGUUUGACUAAAUAAUUAAUAUUCAAAUAACGGAGGGAAAAUUAGAGUAAAUGCUUAACAUUUGAAUCCAAGAUCAAUAACUUAUCAUCAUUUAUAAUUCAAGAGUAAAAGGGUUCAAAACAUAGUUGUGAAAAACAGUAUUUGUAAUAUCCCAACCUUAGGAGAAUUACAAAUUAGAGAUUAGGAUUUAUAGUUUAGUUAGUGGUUUUAUAUGCAUAUGUUUUUAUUAGGAAUAGAAGAGAUAAAUAUAGGAAAUUGGAAAUUAAGAGAUAAAUAUAGGAAAUUGGAAAUUAAGAAAAAGAAUGAGAUAAAGAAAAACAAGAAAGAAAAUGAAUAGAGGGAUGUUGAUGAGUAAGUAGGAAAAAACGUGUCUUGUGGAAAAAGGUUAGGAAGGAAAAAUAAGGAAAAGAAAAUAGAAAAAUAAUAUCCAUCCUCAUCUUUCUCCUCUCUCUUUCACGCGCUCUCUCUCCACAGUACUCUCUCCCUCUCUGUAAAUUUUGACAGCCUCUACUUCCUCCGUUCAACCACCAAGCCUCCACCGUGACUGCUCCGGUCACUCCACCACGGAAUAUGUAGCACACACUACCAACCCCAAGUUCCAAGUUUCAUUAGAUGUUCUCAAUUUCAGAAUUGUUUGUUAAACUCACUUCCAAAAUUGUUGAAUUUAGAGGUGAACCGAGUGCAAGCACAAGCGAUAAGGGAAAAGGGCACCUCCAUGGUUGACUAAGCAAGUAAUAGCGUUUUUUUACGUGUACAGUGUUACAGAUUGAAGUUUUAGAGGUUUUAUUCUGGAAUGCGAUUACACUACGAGCUUUUCGAAGCUCACCCCCCUUUCUUCUCCCUCUUGCAAAGUAUAGAAGCGAGUGAACUCGCUAGUUGGCAGCAGCACGUGUCAAGUCACUACCCCCCUUUUUGCUGGUAAAGUUGGAGUUUACACGUGGCAUGCUUAGGUUAUCUUUUGUUGUAAAUAGUUGGGUUACAAAUGUAAGGUUAUAACCUUCUUUUUGCUAAUAGAGUUGUAUAUAUAUCUAUCGAAACAGUUUAAUGUUAUUUUUGUUAUGUAGAGUAGUAAAUAGUUGUGUUAUCAGGUUUAGUUA